GCGUGGAGAGGGAACGUCGCACCACACAAGGCUGGGUGAUUCACCGUCAUAAGAACCGCGCUCCCUUACUACAUUUCAGUCACAGGACGGCGGCAACAGCAGACAACAACAACCCCUAGCCUAGUGUGUCACAUCGCGACACCUACAAACUUCAACUCGAUCAAGGCCAAGGCGAACCGCAGAGAUGUCGUGUACUAUUCUGUCCGUGAUCGCCCUGUUUGUGUUCAUCGCGGGGAUUGACAUCUGUCUGGGCCAUCCCCACUUCCUGUCAGAGAAGCUGGACUAUGGCGUGACGUACCUGAACACGAACUGUUCCUGGUGUUCGCACAAGGUCGUGUCGGACGCCAUGAGUAACGAGCCGUGCCACAUCCGUCAGGCCGGCCACUUCCGUCUGGUGGAGUCCCGCCGACUCAUGCAGUGGUGCGACGGGUUCCUGUGGAAGGACAUGGACCUGGCCAGGGUGAUGGAGUAUAUCCAACGGCUGAACCUGCUUCAAGAAGCCGUCAAGACGCUGAUGAAUGGUGUCUAUAACGACCCUCCCCGGUCCUGUAACCAGAUUUACCGCCGGUACAAGAAGCUGUUGGGUGAGGCCCCGCAGACCGGCUACUACUACAUCCAACCCAAGCUCGCCUCGUACCGGGUCUACUGUGAAAUGCAAGGGGAGAGAAAAGGAGCCACCCGAGUUGGUCGCUGGGCGCAGAGCUGGGACCUACAGAAUAUUACGUCACCGGGCAAUCGGACAUACGAGAUAGAAUUGUUGUCGCCGGAGGAACAACAACUUAUACAUGAUCUACAUUUCAAGACAGCCACGGUGGUGUGCGACACGACACUCCAGGUCCAGGCUCAAAACCACAGCUUCAACCCCUCCAUCGUCAAGGUCAUCCGCCAGCAGUCUUUAAACCGCAGAAUCAAACAACAAAAGUUCAAGAUAAAUGACGGCAGUGAGCACACUCUAGUGGAGCUGGCGGGCUGUGAGAAGCUGCGGUGCUCCGGUCGGGAGGGGUCCUCGGCAGCCUGUGGGACUGGGCCCGAAGGUAACCAGCUCCCUGCCCGGGGGAACACCACGGACCCCGUGGUGCUGGCGUCUCUACUGAUGAAGACUGGCGGGGACGUGAAGAACACCUUCACCUGGACGGGAACACACUACUACCUGCUCCUUAAGUGAUCUCUGCUUAGUAAAUUGAUCAUGUAUAAUCAUAUGGGCGAGUAAAGUAGGCUGGUUAUAAAAAUACCUGCUUGCCCUGUCCCUUGUAAGCGGCAAAUGCUGCAGCGCUGAAUAGCCUGGGCAAUAUUAUAAGUUAUUUCCUGUUCACCUGUACUAUAGAUAUAAGUGAUAGGUAGUGUAGAUCAUACGGCACGCUAUUUGGUAUAUAGGGUGAGCAUCUUAUAGACAUUUUGUAGAACUCAGAAAUUGUGGUUCUGCUCAACUGUUCACUGACAUUAAUGAUACAUAAAAACAUGUAUCGUAAUUAUCAUUGUGGUGGCAUUAAUAAUUCUCCCGCGGCAGAGCUCCCAUCCGUGGCAAUACUAGUACGUGAUGUUAUGGGAAGGCAACUGCGUAUUGCGGCGGCGGGUGGGAGCUCUGUGGUACUCGUGGGGAAAUGUGUGGUUGAUAUAAAAUGCAUCUGUGAUGGCACAUGUAACGUUACAUCUAUUAUACGGAUGUCUGUUAGUAAAAUGGCAAUGGAAUAAACGUCU